AUGCCAGUGCGUGCUGUGACCACCAGGUUCAUGUACAAGGGACUUUGCACUAUUCCAGAUGUCCUCUCCUACCGGACCCCCGUGAUCCUGCCCGAGGAUGAGGUGGAAGAGAUUCGUGAGGCGUUCAAAGUAUUUGACCGAGACGGGAAUGGUUUCAUCUCUAAGCAGGAGUUGGGGAUGGCCAUGCGCUCACUGGGCUACAUGCCCAAUGAGGUGGAGCUGGAGGUUAUCAUCCAAAGACUUGAUAUAGAUGGUGAUGGUCAGGUUGGUUUUGAGGAAUUUGUCACGUUGCUCGGCCCCAAACUCUCUUCUGCUGGGAUGCCUGAUAAGUUCCACGGGGCUGACUUUGAUUCAGUGUUUUGGAAGUGUGACAUGCAGAAACUGACUGUGGACGAGCUGAAGAGGCUGCUUUACGAUACUUUCCGUGACCACCUCACCAUGAAAGACAUUGAGAACAUCAUCAUGACUGAGGAGAGCCACCUGAACAGUCCAGAGUCCCACGUGGACAUCGACACGAGCCCAACACAACAGGAAAAACACACAUGUGUGCGCAAAAGCCUGAUUUGUGCCUUCGCCAUCGCAUUUAUCAUCAGCGUUAUGCUCAUUGCAGCUAAUCAAAUGCUCCGCAGAGGAAUGAAGUAGGACGCCUGUUUCCGGCUGUUUUUUUUUUUCAGAAGAAGAGAAAAGGCCGGACAAUGAAUAAGCAAACAUUAACCAAAAUACUUGACUGUCUUUGGUCCCGUUCAGUGUUUUCAACGCCCAUGAUGACGCCAUCACAGCUUCCCUCUAUAACGGAUAAAAUGAUGUCACGCGAUGGUUUUGUACUGGCCACCAAUCACAGCAUACCACGGUA